AAUUGAGCCUGUUCUUCACUUCAUCGAUGAUAUUGAGCCAGUGAAUAUAGCAGCAGCUCUGGGAGAGAUACAGAGAAAGAAUCGUGUGAAAUUUGUGUUGCUUGAUACCCUCUUAAAACCUCUAUCUUUCUCGUAUUUAAUCUUCAUCGUCAGCUUUUGAGGGCAGAUCCUUUCUUCAACCCCAGCGACUAUGCAAGAUAAUCAAGAACCAAUGAUCAAAGAUGGAACUGUGACUACUCAGUUGCUAUUGAGAAAACUCAAUUGGUGGCAAUGGUGGUUUUUUAUGGCACUAAACAUUGUUUUUCUUGUUGUGGGUCAAUCUGCUGCUGUUCUUCUUGGGAGAUUUUAUUAUGACCAGGGCGGCAAUAGUAAAUGGAUGGCUACCCUUGUCCAAACUCUUGCAUUCCCAAUCCUUUUCCUCCCUCUCUUUCUCAUUCCUUCCGCUCAGGAGCCUUCAACUUUUUCGGCCCCACCCACAAUUACAAAUCUUGCCUUGAUCUACUUCUCUCUUGGAGUGCUUAUAGCUGGUGACAACAUGAUGUAUUCUGUUGGACUCUUAUACCUCUCUGCCUCUACUUACUCCCUCAUAUGUGCAACCCAAUUGGCUUUUAAUGCAAUUUUUUCAUACUUCAUCAACUCUCAGAAGUUCACUGCUUUAAUUCUUAACUCUGUGGUUCUCCUCUCAUUAUCUGCUGCCCUGAUUGCAGUCAAUGAUGACUCUGAAGGGCCAUCAGGAGUUUCUAAGUCAAAAUAUAUCAUUGGCUUCCUUUGUACCCUUGCAGCUUCCGCACUCUACUCUCUUUUGCUUUCCCUGAUGCAGCUUUCCUUCCAAAAGGUUCUAAAACGGGAAACAUUUUCUGUGGUUUUGGAGAUGCAAAUCUACACAUCACUCAUUGCCACUUGUGUCUCUAUUGUGGGACUUUUUGCAAGUGGGGAAUGGAAGACUUUACAUGGGGAAAUGGAAGGUUUUGGUACGGGUAAAGUUUCCUAUGUAAUGACUUUGGUUUGGACAGCAGUGGCUUGGCAGGUUUGUUCUGUUGGUGUUGUCGGCUUGAUAUUUGUGGUGUCAUCUCUCUUCUCCAAUGUAAUCAGUACUGUCUCGUUAGGUAUUACUCCUAUUGCUUCUGUGAUAGUUUUCCAUGACAAGAUGAAUGGCAUCAAGGUAAUUGCUAUGCUUUUGGCUCUUUGGGGUUUAGCAUCCUAUAUUUACCAGAAUUAUCGUGAUAAUUCUACAGCAAGGACAGCUCAAAAUGAUAUUAACGAAUCUCAUAAUGAUUAUUUAUCUUGAUUGUUUCUUAAUGAGGGAUUUGGAAAGACUGCCGAGAAACUGAAUAUCAUGGGUGAUCUUUGGUUAACUGUCCUCUGCUGCAACUGGCGCCUGCCUCACAUAGAUGUUUACAGGUUUAUUGCUCUGUAGCCAUUAUUUAGAGUCAGGAAAAUCAUAUCUAGAUACAUAGGCAAUUUGAUUUUCUAUGUGAUAGAAAUUGUCAUAAUCUAUACUUUGGGGAUUAUGUCAUUUGAUUUUUUCUAGUAUGGACAUUAGAAUCGGUCUAUGUCAUUUGCUACUAAAUACCGGCUCUAAUGCCAAGAUGGAUGGUAUUUGUAAAAAAAAUACAUUUUCCAGUUUCCACCCUCCCCAACUAAGAUGCAGUUUACACUUCGUACCACAAACUAUCAUAAUUGACAUAUUGCACCCUUAACUACAAAAAGCUGACAGAUAACACGUGCAAUUUUUUCUCUCUAUUAAUAUGGAUGAGAAAUAGAUGAUGUGGGACAGUUUUGAAAGUUGAAUCUUAUUAGAGGCUGCAUAUUACAGAUAUUUGGUAGUUCGAGUAUGCAAUGCAUCAGUUUUGGUAAUUUGGAGUGCAAAAUAUAAAAUGAUUGUUGGAAUGUGAAGUGUAUUUUUCCCCAUAAAAUAUUAUGGAAACAAUGAUUUAACUCU